UGCUCCCUGUAAAUGACAUGUUUAUUUUGUUUUCUUUUUUGCAUUAAAGUUUGCAAACAUAGAUGAACAUUUUUGUAUGAACCCGACUUGUAAUUAAUUUGUAUUCAGCUGAAUUUUCAAGAAAUAUUCAUUUUGUAUGAAUAAUACAGUUUUACCCAACAGUCACCGGGCUCACAGCGGAAUCGCGAGAGGCUAAAUUCUCGGACAUUAUAGAAAACUUCUUACAUACAUGUGUGUCAUUUUUACGGUUUUUUUUUUAUUUACUGAUAAUGUAGUCAUAAUUGGUGAACAACAAUCCUGUCACUGUCAUAUUUUCCGCGACAACAGAGAGUCUGACAUUCAGUGCUUGACAAGAGGAGGCUGUCCUUGUGGCUACCGAGUUAGCUAGCAGUACGAGCUAAACAACGACAACAAAUGUCCCGCACCAGCAUCAAACAUCUACACGGGUGUGAAGUUACCGGUCAGAGCUGAAGGUUUAGGUCUAUUCCAGGCCUAAUGUCAUCCAGUCCCAGUGAGAAGGGGCGUCAAUCCCAGGCUCCCCUGAACAGCAAUACCCAAGAGCUCUUUGUCAACCCCACUCAGUCUGUGUCCCCAGGGAAUACAUCUGUCAAUCUGGUAUUGCCUGUGGUGGACGAUUCUUCUUCUUCCACAUCCUCCUUGGAAAUGUAUGACAUGGAGUCAGUCCCAGCUCCGUACCAUGAAGUGCAGCCUCACUGGUUCUACUGUCGCCGGGCUACUGACAACGCCUCCUGGCUUCCUUUCAGCAGAGAAGACUCUGACAAACUAGAGAGGGCCUGCGACACUGCAGGAGCUCAGGAGGAGGUAGUGGUGAUUGCAGUGGACGGAGAGCGGUAUGACGUUCAUGUCAAAGAGAGGAAAUGCUACGCUGUGUACUGGGAGCAAGCUCCAUCUGAAGUCCGCCGCUGUACCUGGUUCUACAAAGGAGAUAAAGACACCAGGUUCCUGCCGUACCCUGAAGACUUCAGCAAAACCCUGGAGGAGGCUUACAUGAUAGCAGUGACCUUGGACGAAUGGAAGAGAAAGCUAGAGUUUCCCACAGGAGAGACUGUCAUUUUACACAAUCCCAAACUGAUAAUGCAGUAUCAGCCUAUCGGAAUGCAAGAUGAGUGGAUGACUUCUCCCUCAGAGCAAACCCGACCUCGAACAGUCAAGAGAGGUGUCAACAACAUCUUUGUGGAAAUACCUGAUGGUGAACCAGAGAAGGUGGACCAUCUUGUCUUUAUGGUGCAUGGCAUUGGUCCCGCUUGUGACUUGCGCUUCAGAUCCAUCAUACAGUGUGUAAAUGACUUCAGGAGUGCUUCUCUGUCCCUCCUGGCUUCCCAUUUUAAACGAGCUCAGCAGGAUGGUCAGGUGGGCAGAGUGGAGUUCCUGCCUGUCAACUGGCACAGCGCUCUACAUGGGGAUGCCACUGGUGUGGAUGAGGACAUCCAGAGGAUCACUCUCCCCAGUAUCAGUAGACUGAGACAUUUCACCAACGACACUCUGCUGGAUCUCUUUUUCUAUAACAGCCCCACCUACUGCCAGACAAUAGUGGACACAGUGGCCUCAGAGAUCAACAGGCUGCUCAUCCUCUUUAAACAGAGACACCCAGAUUUCAGUGGGGCCAUUUCAGUAGUGGGCCAUAGCCUGGGUUCACUGAUCCUGUUUGACCUGCUAACCAAUCAGAGGUCUGGAUCAGAAGCCAGAGAUGGGGUGCCGUCUGGUGAGCCGCGCCAUUUGAACUCUUUGGAGCAAACUCUGACCAGACUGGGCCUGCAGCAAUACCUGGAUACACUGCAGGCUGAGAACCUGGACAUGGAGUCACUGGCUCUGUGCAAUGACAGUGAUCUCAAAGAUUUAGGAAUUCCCCUUGGACCUCGGAAGAAGAUCUUGAACUAUUUCAGGAAGAAAUGGCUUCCAGAGGAUUGUAAGAACGGUACAGUGCGUCUGGCACCAGGUUUGCAAGUUGCACCUGAAGUGAACAGAGAUGGUGAUGGUAACCAGUCUUCCGAAGUGAACCAGCCACACUUCCACAGGGCGCAGUCUGUCACCAGUGCUGUCGACUAUGAAUACUUUGACAUGGGCAUCGGACAGACCAAUGGAAGCAUAGCCAAGGGGCAGGUUUCUAUUGAUUACCCACAGCUUUCAUUCCAACCUCAGACAUUUUUUGCAUUUGGCUCUCCUAUCGGAAUGUUCCUCACUGUCCGUGGGCUCAAACACAUCGAUCCAAACUACACCUUCCCAACCUGCAAGAGCUUUUACAACAUCUAUCACCCGUACGACCCUGUGGCCUAUCGAAUAGAGCCCAUGAUUGUUUCAGAGGUGGAUCUGCAGCCCAUGCUAAUCCCUCACCAUAAAGGUCGCAAGAGGAUGCAUCUGGAACUGAAGGACAGCCUGACCCGUAUGAGCAUGGACUUGAAGAACAAUGUCUUGGGAUCGUUACGAACGGCGUGGCAGUCUUUUUCCAGACUCCCUGUCGCUGCACUGCCCCCAGUGGAGGAAGGAGAGACUACACCAGAGAGAAACCUUGAAGACACACCGGCCUUAGCCUCACCAUCAGUCGUUGCUUCUUCUAAGGAGGAAGAGAAAAGUGCUGAUUUUUGGACUAAAAUACUGGAGUGGCCCAGGGCCCUUCAUUUGCAUUACUUCCAAGGUGUGUGUGAGGAGGCCGAGUCCUCAGAGUCAGCAGAGCAGAGUGAGCAUCCAGAGAUUAAAGUGGGGAUGUUGAAUGGAGGACGCAGGAUUGACUAUGUGCUUCAGGAAAAACCCAUUGAGAGCUUUAACGAAUACCUGUUUGCCAUCCAGUCACAUCUGUGUUACUGGGAAUCGGAGGAUACAGCUCUGCUGCUGCUGAAGGAGAUCUAUGAGAAGCUGGGUGUGGCCUUUGAACAACCACAACUGUAAUAGGAUUUAACAGCUAUGAACUAAAAUGGACUCUAAUCUGAAAAUGAGAAUUUAAGAACCAGAUGACCAAGCCAGAAUGCCUUACGCCUGGAUUUUACCUGAGUCUUCCAACAGUGGAGACUGCUCGCCUGAGAUCUUGUUUCAGACAUGACAGUUUAAGUUUAGAAUUUACAGUUGUGGUGGCCUCUUGAUGCUGCUGUCUGAUAGUUUCACUGUCAUGUUCCUGGUAGAUCUUUUCCUUAUUAGGUCGAAUCAUGGUCGAUUUUUCUUUACUUUGCACUUUAAUUUCUCAACAAUUGCUGAUGGGUUGUGGUUGGAGCUGCAGAAUAAAAGCCUGCAUGUCCAACCGGAUUUAAUUUCAUGCGCACACAUAUUUAUAAAAAUUUGAUAUAUUUUGUUGUCGUGUGUACAGCAUCCAAAACUACAAAGAAAUGUAGAAUUAUAAUUCACCAUAGAUGCUUUUAAAACUCCCUUAAUAAAUACCCAUUUGUCUGUCACAUGUUUUUACGGCAGCUCAUUUUACAUUUCAGGUGAAGUUCUAUACUGAAUGUAAAUGAGGGUGAAGUGCAUAUUUACCUUCCAAAACAUUUGUUUUUCAUUUGGAAAAUGAAUUCCAGUUUGUUUGUCUCAGAGUUUUAUUAGAAAUGAAUACAGAAGUGCAGGUGAUGACAUGAUGUAUGCGCAUGCACGUGUGAUAACAGUAUUUUGUAGCAAACUUUAUACAAAGGUCGGGUCCACGUUCUCCUUCAUCAUCAUCAUGUCCUCUCGGCUAUCUUUGCUUUACACACAUACAGCAGUGAAUACUCUUAUCUAUCCCAUAAUAUACCACAGAGUGGUAAGACAGAGUGGGAUCUGACUAAUGUUUAUAAAAAGCUAAGGGCCAAAUCAUACAUGCUGCUCCUCAUCUGUUCCUUUGUGUAAAGGUGUAUAAUUCGAAUGACCAUUUCUGUCUGUAUUGCAUGUCCCUCUUAUUUUUUUAAGCAGGAAUUAUGAGAGCUGUCACAUUAAAAUUUAUUACAUAUGUUUGAGAGUAUGAACAAAUACAUCAUUUAGAAAUUGUUUGCUCCAAAGCUUAUCAUAUUUAUUUUAUAAAAAAAACAAAACUAUAUAUAUAUAUACAUUUAAAAAUAUCCAAAGUAUCUUUCAUGACACCGUUCUGUUGGUUUGAUUUAACUUUAUAAAUGACUGUAUAUUAUGCAUUGUUGGGGUGUUUACAGCCUCCACUACCAAAGCUCGGAAUGACCUGUACGUAACAUCCGCACAAUUUACGAAGAACCAAAUGAGGUUGUUAAUUAUCUUUUACUUUAGAGAAACACUGAAGACCUAACGACUUUGCUGAAAUUAUUUUCUUUGACUUCACAAUUGUCUUCUGUUUCUGUAAAUGUUAGUAUAAUAAAGCAGGACUGACUAGUUUCUGCUUCCUCUUUCCUUACGUUAACGGCUGUUUUUGUCAUUUGAUACACGUCACUCUAAAUGUUCUGCUUUCUGAAUAUGCACUCCAUAGAUAUGGUUACGUGUUACAUGUGCCAUAAUAAAACAUAAACGUCUGGAUUCUUUUGGAUUCUUUUGAAGUUCAGUGAAGUGUGCCUGUGCUGCAUUUGAAAAAAAACCCAAAACAAUAAACAGGCAGUUGAAGUUUUUAA